AUGCGUUCCCAGGCUGCCUUCGGAACGGACAGUGUGGAGAGGGAGGGAAGUGCCUGGUCAGCCCCCGCCCAGGCCCUCCUGCCCGAGUCAGCUGAGCCGAGGUGGGCCGGGCAGCCUCACGGCCGGCCUUCUCUUUCUCCGCAGACAGAAGUGUCCCCGCGCCGGGCCGGCGAUGCUCACGCCAUGACCUCGGCCGCCCCGAAGGACGCCCAGGCCGCUGCGCAGACGUUCCUGGACGCUUUCCUGCGGGAGUUUCCAGGCCCUCCGAGCCCAGAGGCGACUCUGCCGUGGAAGGUGCCGGCCGCCCCCGUGAGCCAGGAUGAGGCCCAGGGCGAGCUGGCCGAGCUGGCCCUGAGCCUUCUCUGCAGCAGGAGUGCGCCACUGCCGCUGGCAUGCUCGCUGACCCAUGAAGCUGUGACCCGGCUCGUGCAGGGGGCAGACCUGGCGGCGUUCAGGCAGGCGGCCAAAGAAGAGAAAGGAGACCAAGAGGAGGAGGGAGAGGAGGAAGAUGGCGCCGGUGGGUCGUUGCUGGAUGCCAAGAGCCUGCAGAGAUGUUUCUUCCAUGAGCUCUGGAGAGUUUGUAGCCAGUGGCAGAAGCAGGUGCCAGGCCCUUCCACACGCGCCUCUCGUCCCUGGCUGACCUCCAUCCAUGCCAUCCGGAACACCCGCCGCAAGAUGGAAGACCGCCACGUGUCCCUGCCUGCCUUCAACCAGCUCUUCGGCUUUUCUGACCAGGUGGAUCGAGCUUACUUUGCUGUUUUCGAUGGCCAUGGAGGAGUCGAUGCUGCCAACUAUGCUGCCAUCCACGUCCACGUCAACAUUGCCCGACAUCUGGAGGUGACCAGAAAUCCUGCAGAGGCCCUCAGGGCAGGAUUCAAGAAGACCGAUGAAAUGUUCCUCCAGAAAGCCAGGCGGGAGAAGCUGCAGAGCGGCACCACGGGGGUCUGCGCGCUCCUGGUGGGGCGCACCGUCCACGUGGCCUGGCUCGGAGACUCCCAGGUCAUGCUGGUGCAGCAGGGGCAGGCCCUGGAGCUGAUGAAGCCCCACAAGCCGGAGCGCCCGGAUGAGAGGGAGCGCAUAGAAGCCCUGGGAGGCUUCGUGUCCUACAUGGACUGCUGGCGAGUCAAUGGCACCCUGGCCGUUUCCAGAGCUAUCGGGGACGUCUUCCAGAAGCCCUACGUGUCUGGCGAGGCCGACGUGGCCUCCCACGAGCUCAGCGGCACCGAGGAUUACCUGCUCAUGGCUUGCGAUGGCUUCUUCGACUCGGUUUCGCGGGACGAGGUGGCCGGCCUGGUCCACAGCCUCUUGCUGCAGAGCGAGGGCAGUGGGCUCCGGCUGGCCGAGGAGCUGGUGGCCGUUGCCCGGGAGAGGGGCUCUCGUGACAAUAUCACCGUCCUGGUGGUCUUCCUCAGGGACCCCCGGGAGCUCCUCCGAGACAGGGCUCCUGAGGUUGCAGGGGCCCAACAGGAGCCGAGAGCGGGAGGCUCAGCCUCUGCCUUCUUUGGGUCCUAGAGUAGCGUCCGGACAACAGCCCGGUGACCGGAGAGGUCCUGCGGCCCACCGCCCGCUCCCCCUGCCCUCACCCCAGUAUUCCUUAGGAAAUGAAGGGCCACACUAGGUCCCACAGACUAACCCAGUAUUACUAACCCUUCCCCAGGGGCCCAUGUCCAGCUGGACGUUGUAGCUAGGAAAAGCGGGGUCCAUCCUGGGCACUUAGGUCAAUGGUCCCCGAGUUCUCAGGAGAGAAACGUGCCGAGCAGACGAUUGUGAUUACCAAAGAGAGUUCUCUGAGAAGCUGCGUGCCUUCCCGGAGCUGGGGCAGGCCUGGCCAGGCUUCUACAGACCCAACACACCAAAGACAGCCAGGGCAGCCCCCUUCUCAGCUGGAGGGAGGCCAGGCCCAUCCUGGAAAAGGAGAGGAGAACCCCUCCCCCCCACCCCCCGCCGAGGAUCCCCUCGGUGACACCCAGUGUCAA